UUGAUCGCAGUCUUGAGGCACCUGCUGGCCACCGCGCGAGGGAAAGGCUGCGAGUCUCCUCUGCUGCUACCUGUUACGCCGCAAGGUUUCCCCUGGUACCCAUUUAUCGACCAGCCCGAGAGGGAGGAUGAACAGCUGGGUGAGCUGCACGCCGACUGCCCGGGCCGGGUUUCGAACCCGGGCCCGCGGAGUAGUAGCCAGGCGCGCUGACCACUAGACCACGGAGGCGUAUAUCCUUCAUUAGCUCCGAAAAGAACAACGCCGGGUUAAUAUGCAGGAGGAGUAGGCGUACUCUGUUACCAAAAUAUGUGGACGAAUUUUAAUUAUUGGGCCACGGUGCUGCUAACGGCGAUGGUGUGGGGGGUGACGGCGCGGGAUGCUGGGAACACCCUUUCUGUCGCUGCCUAUCAACACACGGCGAUUUUGGACCAGCGCGGCGACUUCGUCAUGAGGUGGACGCCCGAGGAAGAGAGCCUCAGGGUGGAGAUCCAAGUGGCCACCAAGGGCUGGGCGGGGCUCGGUUUCUCGCCCAACGGGGGUAUGCGCGGGGCCGACAUCACCUUGGGUUGGGUUGACUCACACGGGGAGCUCCAUGUGCAUGAUCGUUACGCCCACGGCGAGACAACACCCGUGGUGGACCACUCACAGGACAUGGUGGUGGAGGGCGGCUACCAAAACGACACCCACACCGUGAUACGCUUCUCGCGGCCCUGGAACACCUGCGACAAGAGUCAAGACAUGAAGCUUUCGGGGGAUACGAUGAAGAUUAUCUGGGCAUUCGGCGAGGAAGAUCCGGUUGACGAGAUGGUGAUGGAACGACAUGCGCAGCGAGGAGUCAAGAGCAUCUAUUUGAAAGAGCCGAGCUUCGCGCCGCCGCCCCUCACGGAGGACAUCGAGGCGUGGGACAUCCGUGCACCAAACGUGAGUCUACCAUCCCACACAGACACAGUCUACUGGUGCAAACUCUACAAGGCGCCAGAUUACGUCAACGGUGCGCACAUAAUCGGGUUCGAGCCGCUCAUCACGAAAGACAACCUCGCCUACGUGCAUCACAUGGUCCUGUACAACUGCAUCGGCUCCCCUUCCCACCUGGACAAGUGGGCGCAGCACGACGGCGUCCAGUGCUACACGUCCAACAUGCCUCCCUCGUGGUACUCAUGCACAACAACAUACAUCGCCUGGGCGGUGGGCAGCGAAGGUGAGUCUGUCCGUCUCUCCGUAACGGAGUAUCGGACCGAGGGUAGGGAGACAAAACCAAUGAUUGACGUGUGGGUUUACUUAAUGUAAUUACGCAUGAAGUUA